AUGCAUACCGGUAAAAAGCCGAACCAUUGUACGAUAUGCGGAAAAGAUUUCAAUAAAUUAUCGGAUUUAAACAGACACAGCAGAACUCAUACCGGUGAAAAGCAGUACAGUUGUACGGUAUGCAAUCAAAGUUUCUCUCAAUCAUCGCGUUUGAUUAUUCAUAGGAGGAUGCAUACCGGUGAAAAGCCGUACAGUUGUAUGAUAUGCGGGAAAAGUUUCUCUAGCUCAUGGAAUUUGAUAUUGCAUGAGAGGACUCAUACCGGUGAGAAGCCACACAGUUGUACGGUAUGCAAUAAAAGUUUCUCUCAAUCAUCGAUUUUGGGCAGACAUAACAGAACUCACAGCGGUGAAAAGCCGCACAGUUGUAUGAUAUGCAAUCAAAGUUUCUCUCAAUCAGCGCAUUUGAUAAGACAUGAGAGGAUUCAUACUGGUGAAAAGCCUUACAGUUGCCUGAUAUGCAAUAAAAGUUUUUCUCAGCCAUCGCACUUGAAGAAACAUAUGAAGACUUGUACUGUUAAAAAGUUGUACAUUUGUCCGACAUGCGAGAAACGUUUCUAUCGAAGUGAUAAGUUUAAAGAGCACAUGGAAACUCAUAGUAAUAAGUAG